GCUGCCUCGGCUCGAGUCCAGCAGAGCCGGCUGGUCGGAGCCUGAGCUGGCGCCGGCUCCCUCCGGGAAGCCUCGGGAAGGGGAGGGCCGCACUCGGCCCGAGCUGAGCAUCGUCUGGGUGGCCUGCGGGGCCGCGGCCUCUCCGCCGGCAGCACCACCUGUCGCGGGGCGAGAAGCGGGGUGAGAAGAAAGAUGCUGUCCAGGUUUAAAAUAGUCGCCACUCCUUGUACUCUGGCAUGCCGCCAUUUGCACACAAAAGAGAAAGGCAAGCCACUUAUGCUGAACCCAAGAACCAACAAGGGGAUGGCGUUCACAUUGCAAGAAAGACAAAUGCUUGGUCUUCAAGGACUUCUACCUCCCAAAAUAGAGACACAAGAUAUUCAAGCCUUACGGUUCCAUAGAAACGUGAAAAAGUUGAAUGGCCCUUUGGAAAAAUACAUCUAUAUAAUGGGAAUACAAGAAAGAAAUGAGAAAUUGUUUUACAGAAUACUGCAAGAUGAUAUUGAAACUCUAAUGCCGAUUGUAUAUACACCAACAGUUGGUCUUGCCUGCUCCCAGUAUGGACACAUCUUUAGAAGACCUAAGGGAUUAUUUAUUUCAAUCUCAGACAGAGGUCAUGUUAGAUCAAUUGUGGAUAACUGGCCAGAAAAUCAUGUUAAGGCUGUCGUGGUGACUGAUGGAGAGAGAAUUCUAGGUCUUGGAGAUCUGGGUGUCUACGGAAUGGGAAUUCCAGUAGGAAAACUUUGUUUGUAUACAGCUUGUGCGGGAAUACGGCCUGAUAGAUGUCUGCCUGUGUGUAUUGACGUAGGAACUGAUAAUCCAGCCCUCUUAAAGGAUCCAUUUUAUAUGGGUUUAUAUCAGAAAAGAGAUCGAUCACAGCGUUAUGAUGACCUGAUUGAUGAGUUUAUGAAGGCCAUUACUGACAGAUAUGGACAGAACACACUUAUUCAGUUUGAAGACUUUGGAAAUCAUAAUGCAUUCAGGUUCUUGAGAAAAUACCGAGAAAAAUACUGUACCUUCAAUGAUGAUAUUCAAGGGACGGCUGCGGUUGCUCUGGCCGGUCUGCUUGCAGCACAGAGAGUCAUUGGGAAGCCGGUCUCAGAUCACAGAAUCUUAUUUCUUGGAGCAGGAGAGGCUGCUCUUGGAAUUGCAAAUCUGAUAGUUAUGGCUAUGGUUGAAAAUGGCCUCUCAGAAGAAGAGGCACGGAAGAAAAUUUGGAUGGUUGACAAGUUUGGUUUAUUAUUUAAGGGGCGGAAAGCUAAAGUGGAAAAUCAUCAGGAACCAUUUGCUCACUCAGCUCCAGAGAGCCUACCUGACACUUUUGAAGAGGCAGUAAAUAUACUUAAGCCUUCAACUAUAAUUGGAGUUGCAGGAGCUGGCCGACUUUUCACUCCUGGUGUAAUCAAAGCAAUGGCUGAAAUUAAUGAAAGGCCUAUAAUAUUUGCAUUAAGUAAUCCUACGGCACAGGCUGAGUGCACAGCUGAAGAAGCAUACACACUUACAGAGGGAAGGUGUUUGUUUGCCAGUGGCAGUCCGUUUGAGCCAGUGAAACUCAGUGAUGGGCAAGUCUUUACACCAGGCCAAGGAAACAAUGUAUAUAUUUUUCCAGGUGUGGCUUUAGCUGUUAUUCUCUGUAACACCCGGCAUAUUAGUGAUCAUGUGUUCCUGGAAGCUGCAAAGGCUCUGACAAGUCAGUUAACAGAUAAAGAGCUGGCUCAGGGGAGACUUUACCCACCACUUUCUAAUAUUCAGGAAGUUUCUAUUAACAUUGCUAUUAAAGUUACAGAAUACCUGUACGCUAAUAAAAUGGCUUUCCGAUACCCAGAACCUGAGGACAAGGCCAAAUACAUUAGAGAAAGAAUAUGGCGGAGCGAGUACGAUUCCCUGCUGCCCGAUGUGUAUGAGUGGCCAGAGGCUGCGGCGCACCCUCCCCCGAUAACAGAAUAGAAGCACACCACAGACACUUUCCAUGCGUCAGGGAGCUCCUUUUUUCAGACAGAAACAGAUAGUGUUCUUAACUUCAUGCUUUUUUCUGUUAUUUUUGCCCAUGAACCUACGCUUCUGCGCCAGGGCGGAUGAGUUGCCUGCUCUGUUAACGCCCACCUGCACCCUGCAAUCAAAUGACCAUAAUAAUUUUAUUCUCAUUUGUAGCUCAUGUCAUAUCAGCAAUAUUAAAAAUGUUCUUAUGAAUGUCUUCACUUGCGCUCUUGUUCACUCUUAGCAAAAGAUUUGCUAGUUACUACUACAGCUAAAAAUCUCUCCUCCAGUUCUUGUAGGGCUACUAAAAUAGAAAUUUACUUCUGUGGAUAUGAGUACAGAAUUUUGAGAAGAAGCAAAAUUUAACCAAAUUCUAAGGACAAGUUGUCAGUAUCUAAAAAUAUCCUUUUAUAUCUGCUUUAUUUGACCUUCAUCCUCUGAAAUGCUUUUCCAGUAGACAGAUACAGAAAAAUCUACCCUACUAUUUAUUUUCUGGGACUAAACUGAAGCUUAAUUAUAAAG